ACAACGAAAUAUCAAAGUUAAAGAUGCAUACAAAAUGUAAACUGCAUGUUUGCUCUGUAAUUGGCCCUCAAAUACAAUAAUAAAUACCUCAAAAUAGCUUCAUUAGAGUUAUUGUUUGGGGAAAUUGCUAAUACGUCACUGAAUAAAAAGGCUUGGUUAAAAAUGGCUUUAGAGUUAUUUAAAAAGGGAACAAGGGUCAAUUGUGCUGCCACAACCCCUGGAGCAGGCCAUAGAGGACGAUGUAAGCUGAUCACUGAUUGGUCAGUCUGACAGCAAAGGGCGGUCCAGAUGAUUUAGGGACGGACGCUACAGGCAGAUAUCCUGCAGUCAUCAAACCCCAGGUGAUCUGACAGUUCAGUGUUUGAAGUGAUUAUCCUGCUAUGCAAUAUAAAGGCUUACCCCCAGCUUUGUGGCUAAUUAGUUCACUUAGGGCGCUUUAUAAGACUUUAGUAGGGGACAGGGCAGAACAGACACUUGCCGAGGAGUCCGUAGCUCAACAGGAUUGCAGCAGCAGCAGAUUUUGGAUCCUUAAAGUUGACUCGCUGCUUCACAAAAACAAACCAAUCCGAAGACUACUGCUUUUCUGAGAAUGCCACACUUAACUGGCUGCAGUUACUACACAAUGCGGGAUGCGACAAGAGCUUCAAAUGUACAGAACCACCUGGAGAACUCCAAGUUCCACCUCCACCAGACCCAGAAUCAGCAGGUCAAGCAGUACCUGACCCUUGGCUCCAAACUGGCCUCGUCGGCCGGGCAGGGACACGCCGUUCUGCACCCGCACGCCUCCGGCCAGCCGCUGGGCACCGUGCCGAUCAUGAGGAACGGACACAUGCCUCCCGUCAGCGACGGCAGUAACCCCAACAGCCCCGUCACCCUGCUCAGCAUGGCCAGUCACGACAGCGAGUUCCCAAUGGAUGAGGUCAUUGAUGACCUGAUUAGUCUUGAAUCCGGUUUCAAUGACGGAGGCUUGGAUUGCAUGGAGCCUAACCUCAUGAUGCAAAACAAUGUUUCCCUCAGUGGCAGCAUGCUGGAUGUCUAUGGGGGUGAGCCAGUGCACGACACAAGAGUGAUGGCCAAAGAGAGGCAGAAAAAAGACAACCACAAUCUCAUUGAAAGAAGGCGAAGAUACAACAUCAACUACAGGAUUAAAGAACUGGGGACGCUCAUACCCAAGUCGAACGACCCGGACAUGCGCUGGAACAAAGGCACCAUCCUGAAGGCCUCGGUGGAGUACAUAAGGUGGCUGCAGAAGGAGCAGCAGCAUGCGCGGGAGCUGGAGAGCCGUCAGAAAAAGCUGGAGCAAGCAAACAGGAGACUUCUGCUGAGGAUCCAGGAGCUCGAGAUCCAGGCACGAGCACACGGCCUCCCGAACAUGGCGUCAGCCUUGGGGGCCGCAGAACCGACCUCGCAGCUCCUCAAACAACCGCAGCAGCUCCAGUCGUCUCCCCAGGCCCAGCAAACCCAGCAAGCCCAGCAAGCCCAGCAAACCCAGCAAGCCCAGCAGCCGCCGCUCUACCAGGAGGACCCCAACGGCGACUACCUCCAGAGGAUCGCCGGCGUGCCGCCGUCCCUCCCCGGGCCCCACGAUCACAUGCCCGGCGCCGACGGCUGCACCACCUUCUCCGACCCGCUGUCCCACUUCACAGACUUCUUCAGCGCCACCCUCAAGGAGGAGCACCGGCUGGACGAGAUCCUGAUGGACGACCCGCUCUCGCCGUUUGGCGCCGACCCGCUGCUCUCGGCCGGCUCGCCCGAGGCCGCGUCCAAGGACAGCAGCCGCCGGAGCAGCUUCAGCUCGGACGAGGGCGACGACCUAUAAGGGCCCCCUUGUUGCCUUCUCGUGACAUCACCGUUGGGCGCGAGUCUCUGCAAGACUGACUGGCGGCUCCGGACGCACAAUGACGAACGCUCGCAGCGUCGCGUGUCAUUUAAGCGACGAGCUAACUGACCCGGCAGCGCCUCUCAAAGUGCCAACUGUAAAUAAAGUGCGUGGUUCCUGCUGAUCGGGUGUGAUGUUCGAGCUGGAUUGGUCCCAAAGCUUCAAAGCUCAGCGGGACUAGAAGCGGCUCAAGGACCUCCUGCUCCUCCACCUGCUACUUUUUUACUUUUUUUUCUUUUUUUUUUUUACCUCACAACAGACAAUGAACUUGUUUCUCUGCCUCCCGGACAGAACUGAAACAGACACACAAGAAAAAGGGAGACAUUUAUAAGCCUUUUUAGUACGUGAUAUAAAUGACUGUCCGUUGUUUUUGGUUAACACUGUGGUAGCUGUACACUGUAAUACGUGCAAAAUAAUCACAGAAAUGCAGCCAGAAUUCUCCAUGAAUGAAAUGAAAAUACUACUUUCAAAGGACUGUAAACAGUGAUGUGCCUUACUCCAAUUUCAAGUUUCAACAUGGGAUCAACACGGACGUCCUCGCUGCAAUGCCUAACAUGUCUUGUCUGCGUCCUUCAAGUGUUUUGUCAUAUAAUUGCUUUUGUAUUUAUAUACGUUUUAAUCCAUUAUUUUGUGAAAAAUAUAUAUAUAUAUUAUCCAACAUGUUACUUUUUUAUUCUUCGUAUAGGGGUGGGAAACAAUAUAAUAAACCCCUUUUUGGUAAAUGGUA